CAUUUUUUCAUUCCCCCAAAAAUCACAAACAUGGCAAGAUCACAACAGAGAUACCGAGGUGUGAGACAAAGGCAUUGGGGUUCUUGGGUCUCUGAAAUUCGCCACCCCAUUUUGAAGACAAGGAUAUGGCUUGGAACAUUUGAAACAGCAGAGGAUGCUGCUAGAGCCUAUGAUGAAGCAGCUAGGCUUAUGUGUGGUGCAAGAGCAAGAACCAAUUUCCCUUUCAACCCUAACACCACCAACAACAAUGUCUCUCAAUCUUCUUCUUCUUCAAAGCUUCUCUCACCAACUUUGACCGCAAAAUUGCACAGAUGCUACAUGGCUUCUUUGCAAUUAACUCGCCAACAAGAUCCUCAAAAUCAUAAUAAUAAUAAUAAUAAUAAUAAUAAUAAUAAUAAUAAUAAUAAUAAUAAUAAUAGCACUAAUAGUAACUACUCCAAAGUGCAAGUUAGUGAAAAGGGUGAUUCAAUUGUGUCAUCAAAAAAGAGAACACAUGAUGAGGAGGAGAAAGAGGUGAAACAAGAUUCAGAGGGCAAUUGGGUUGUCAAGAAAGUUAAGGGUAUGGACCAAAUUGGUCCACAGUUCAAGCCACUUGAAGAACAUCACAUUGACCAAAUGAUUGAGGAGCUUCUUCAUUAUGGCUCUAUUGAACUUUGUUCUGUUUUUCCACAUCAACAUAUUUAAUUUAGUAAUCACUAAUCAACCUGUGUUAUUUCUAUUUAUUUUAUCUCGUAUAUUAAAUUCAUAUAUUUUCAUAUCAUGAGAUUUGUAUAGUGUAAAUUUUAUAUUGAGUUUGGAGUAAGUUCUAAAUUAUCCAUAACGUUUCAAUCGUCCUAUUUAAGUUCUUAACGUUUCAAAAUUAGCUCAAUGUUGUCCUACCGUUAGGAAUCCGUUAACAGAAUUGA